AGGCCAGCGUCGAGAGAUUACUCGAUGCCGGCCACGAUCCCAGUCUUGUCAACGCCAACGGUGAGACGUGCCUGCACGGCUUGAGCCGUGCGAUAUGCGGCGCCGGCGAAAUGGCGGAAUUGCUGUGCCGAGACGGAACGUUGCCGAUCGACGCGCGCAACAAUCAGGGCCGGACCGCGCUGCACUUGGCUCUGGCCAACAACAAGACUCGGCUGGGCGAUUUUCUGCUGAGGCGAGGCGCCGACCCGAACGCGCUCGAUCACGAGGGCCGCACACCUCUGCACGCGAUGUUCGAAAAGUUCAAUCGGGUCGAAAUAAUGAGGAUGUUCUUCAAGGUCAAUGACGAGAUGCAGAGGGAGGUCCUGAUCGAUGUCCAGGACGACAAGGGCGUUACCCCGCUGCAAGUGGCUCUUACAAAGAACUUCCAGGCCGCGGUAAAAUUACUGCUCAAACGAGGAGCAGAUCCGAACGUGGCCAAUGAAAAAGGAUUGACUCCUCUGCACAUCAUUUGCCAGGGAAAACCCAUUACUUAUGAAGGUUCAACCGACGUUGAGCCUUACAAGGGGGAUAAAUUCUUCAGGCUCAUCUACGGAAGCCGGCAUCACAUCGUACGGACGGUCGAUGCUCAGGACGAGUCGGGCAACACGCCGCUACACUACGCUGUAAAGAUAAGCGGCGACAGAGUUCUGAUAAGGCUGCUGCUGAAAAGCGGCGGCGCGAACUUGAACGCGACCAACGCCGAGGGACUCACACCCGUGGAGACCAUCUACGGGAAUCACAGCCAAGACGGCCUGGUGGAUAUGCUCUACAAGAUGAGCUGCGAGUUCAAGCAGCCGCUGCGCAUGCGGCUGGACGCGCCUUACGACGGGACUCGCUCGCUGCUGCAGUGGGCCGUGGCGAGUCUCCGGCCUAAGCUCGUCGACGUUUAUUUGCGCAGCACCAGCGAUCCGGCGAGCUUCAAAUUUCCCAGCGUCCAGGACUUCGACGAGCUGUACGUUAACACGCACGUACUUCAAGAGCGAAUGACUCGCGAGCAGGAGCGCAGUCCGCGUCUUCGGAAAGAAUUCGAGCACCAAAAGAACGCGCACAGAUUGGCUGUGAUAUUGGACGCCACGAGCAUCGUGCGACGUCUGCAGCACAAGGGAUACGAGCUGAAGCGGUCCGACGCCUUGACCCUCAUGAAGGUGUUCCACAAGCUCGGAUUCGCCUUCGGCGACCCGGUGGAAUCGUUCAACCAGGACAAAUUCACCGACAGCUCGAAGCGCAUAAUGAUCGGUAAAUCGGUGUCGCUGCACGACUUCAUGCACCUGCCGCUCGAGAGGACGUUCAAGCUGGUUACCUUCGGCCAGCUGGCGAUUGCGCAAAAACGAGUGUUGAAGGCUUUGGCCGACGACGAUGCUCGAGACGCAGUUCGGCGCAAGAUGACCUCGACGCUGCUGAGGCAGUUCACCCGAGCCUGGGCCUGGCAUUCUUUCCCGCAGCCAUUGCCGGAUCUCUGCUUGAACAUGGUCUUCGAGCAUCUGUCGAGCAAAGAUUUUUGGAGUAUGACGGCCUCGGCCGAGCUCCGCGAAGCUGCUGCUCGCGACGAUGCGCGAAACCGAAAACGAAAACGAUCGUGA